CAAGGAUUAAGAGGUGAGGGUGAUAAAAAAAAUCGUAUAAAAGGAGAGAGAAAACGCGAAGGCAAUUCAGUCGAGUGAGCAUCUCCGACACGGCAACAGCUGCAGUGCGCUAUCUGUCACCAUCUGCCUUCUUCACCGUAUUGCCAGUUCGCAUCCAUGGUAAACCUUGGCGUGGUCCCGCUGUUGUGUGUUGUAUCGUUGAUGGCUGGGUCGACCGCUGGUGUAGCGAUGUCUUCUUGGUAUGGUGGAUACCAAACCGCAACGCCGGCGCCUUACUACACAACAACUUACGUUACUACCAGUUACUGCACCGAGGUCACUACUAAGGCACCGGAGUUUUAAAUCACAACGCUGCCCCGAACCACUACACUGACGCUUUGAAGUGUUACUCUGCCCUGAGUUACUACACCACCAAGGCGACGAAGUACUACAUGACUACGCAUGCUGCCCCCUCCUACUACACCGAUUCUCUUAACUGCUACACCGAGGCUCCCGCUGGUUACUCCACCAAAACGGUCGAAUACUACACCGAAGCGCCAAAGUUUUAUUCUGCCCCGAUCUACACAACCACAACUGAGGCGGCCAAGUAUUACGCAGUCCCGACUUACUACACAGAAGCUGCUCUUUGGUACUAUGUUGAACAAAAAUACUACACUACAGAUGCUCCAGUUUACUACACAACGACGUGCGCUACACCUAGCUACAACACCGCUGCCCUCAAGUACGACACCGAGGAAGCCGCCUUCUUCCAAGGUUCAUAUGUAUUACGUCAGCAAUUCUCCCGACUAUGUCACCACUACUCAAGCUGCUUUGAACUCUACACCGAAGUUCUGAAAUAUUUCUCUGGAUGUGUUGAAAUACAAGAUUGAUUGAUAAA